GUGUGAGAGUCCACAAUCUCAUCUCUCUCCGUAAUGCCCACUUGCUGAAUCACUAUGCUAUUCAUAGCCAUAAAUUCUAGUGAGUCCCACCCUACUGAUCCUACCAGAUAUAUACACGCUCUGAACUCUAUCCGCAGCUCAAAUCCUCACUCGUUUUCUUACUUACAGUUGACGAAAUGGAAAAGCCAGGUGAAGCUUUGGAUCUGGAGUGGAUUCGCCAACAUCUUCUUGGUGAGUUUUCGUCCUCACAAUCCUUCUUAUCCAAUCUGUAUCCUGUAAAACUCGAGGAUUAUUCUUCAUCGGAGGCUGAUCUGAAUCCGUGUGUUCCGGUGCAAAGUUUCUGUUCUUCUGUUGAAACUUUCGGUUUUGAAGAUGUGGAGGUUUUAAACUCCGUCUCGGAGGUCGUGAUGGAGAAGAAGCCCACAUCGCCUGAGACCGAGAAGCCUGAGUGCGAUGAGACGAUUAUGAGGCGGUACAGGGGUGUUCGGAGGAGGCCGUGGGGCAAGUUCGCUGCCGAGAUCCGUGACCCGACCCGGAAAGGGACACGUGUUUGGCUGGGCACGUUUGAUAGUGAGAUUGACGCUGCAAAGGCUUAUGACUGUGCUGCGUUCAGAAUGAGGGGUCGAAGGGCAAUAUUGAACUUUCCUCUGGAAGCCGGAGGAUCCGAUCCGAUGCCGAACCGGUGUGGCCGGAAAAGGAGAAGACAAAGUUCACAGGAGGAACUGUCCCAAAUUUCCACUGAGAUUUAAAUAAUUAAAUUGGAGUCCCUUUUAAUAAGCAUCAAUCCCUUACACAAAAAUUAAAAUAAACUAUGUUAUUUAUGAAAAUUAGUACGAGUUGUAAAUUAUAUGUUUAUUUAUUGAAUACCAAGAACUCGUUUCAUUGU